GACUUGAAUUCCACCAACCAAAAUUCUCCUUUCUCCAUCUUCAAAUCUCCCUCUCUCACUCUCACUCAAACAUCUCACUUUCAACAAAUUGUUUCAUCAAUUCCUUCAACGAUGAAUCGAUUCAGCAGAUUCGAGCUUCUCGAGCACCAUCUCUGCCCUUCCUACUUCCUCCAACAAACCUCAAUUUCACCGUACUUCCCCAUUCUCGAAGAAGAGCUCGACCUCCUCACCUUCCCACUCCACGAAUUCUACGCCGUCGCCGAUCUGAUCCAGAUCCACCGCCGCCGCCGCGCCUCGCCGUACCUGGAGGCGCUCAGCGACCGCGUCUCCGCGCUGGAGCUCGGGCUGGCGGAGAGGGAGAGGGAGAGCAGGAAGUACACGUGGACGGCUGAGAUCAAGGCUCCCGGCGACGAGCGCAAGUACAAGUGGACGGCGGAGACGGGGAAGGGGAUCGCGAGGAGCUACGAGGUGACGGCGGAGGUCAAGAGGAAGGGCGCGAUUGAGCAGACCUACACGUUUAAGGUGUCUAGUGGAGACAGUCAACUGGGGGAGAAGAAGAAGAAGAAGAGCGAGAAAGUGAAGGAGAAGGGGAAGAAGUCAGUUGUUUCCCGGAUUGUUGAGGUUGAGGAGCCUUCUUAUCAUGGCGGCAUUGUUCUGAGGCAGGCUUUUGCCAAGAGAGUGGAUAAGAGAAGGGGGAAGAGGAAGGAGUUGUCUCCCCAAGAUGCAGCAACUCUUAUUCAGAAGAGUUUCAGGGCAUAUAUUAUCCAGAGGUCGCAGUCUCUACGUGCACUUCGUGAGCUGGCCAUUGCCAAGACAAAGUUGAAGGAGAUUAGGUCUUUAUUUAACAAUUUCACUUACCGCCGUCAUCUUGCCCGCAACGCAGAAGAACUUCAGAGGUUCUCUGAAAAGAUCAUUGUUUUGCUUCUCACAGUUGACGCUAUUGAGGGUGGUGAUCUGAUGGUUCGAGCUGCGAAAAAGUCCAUGGUGGACGAGCUGGAAGCAAUGCUGGAUGUUGUCGACCCUCAACCUUCUGGAAAAUCUUUAUCCAUGAAGAGAAGAACGUUUGAUAUGCCUGAUGGGGUGAUCAACAAGGAGCUUGCUGCAGGUGUUGCGCAGGUUGUUCAAAUGCUGGAUGAAGAGGCUGCUAGCUCUGAAGCUUUUGAAGCAUGCUUGUAAGUCAUAAGUUAAUAACUCCUCUUUAUUGCAUUGAGAGGUCGUUUUCGACUAAAUGUAUGUUUAGGUUUAUCCAUGCACUUUUGGUAAAAUGAGACUAGCUUGAAGAUCUUAGUUCUCUUUGAAAUAAGGCAUUAUCUUGUCUGACAGUGUUUAUUGUUGUUGUAUGGUUUGAAUUUUGACCUUGUUAUUGUGCCUGAAUUUGAGAAAUUUCAGUUCCUUGAUA